UGGCUCUGUCGCAGUCCCUGAUGCGACCUGAAUGCGUGCGCAGUGCGUCGGCUUCCAUGGAGAAGUGGAAUUCCAAGGCUAUCCCUCGAGUCGUCCGACUUCCAUGGGACAUCUUUGAGGAAGACGUCAAGCACACCGUGACGGAGGCUUACUUUGCCGGCCGUAGUGAGCCAGAAAAGGAGGGCCAGGAGCCCAGCUCCGGCAGCUCCGAGGAAGCCCACUUUGCCUACUUCCAGCGUUUCAAGACGGAGGGUCCUGCAAAAGUCUUUCAAGAUCUUCCUCCAGAAGAGCAGCGCAAUUACUGCGAGGUCUCCUCGAUGGAACUCACGGCCUUUCAGAACUUUAAGUCUUGGCGACAAGAGAACGAAGACUCUGAUUCGGGCUCGGAUGAGUCCGCCUUCGACCGCUUGUCCGGCGAAGAGAAGCAAAGCUUUGUCGAUGCGGCCGAUGCCGCGCUGGAUGCAGAGGAAGAUCCAGAUGCGGCGCCCGCGGAGGAGGCACCCCACGAGGCGCCGCCACAAGCGGCUGGACCAUCAGAGGCAGAGAGAGCCGCGGCCGUCACCUUGACGAGGAUUUUGAGUGAUGCCGCCCAUCCUCGCAGCUUCGUGGAAUGUGAGGACCAUCCACGUCAGCCGGAGAGUGAGGCCAGUCAGGCAGAGGAUGUCGGAUCUGACCAGGUUGAGGAGAGCCCUGAGGUCAGCAGUGAGAAGGGGCCAGAUACAACGCUUGAAGAUGGAAAUGAAGUCCAAGCGGCGGCGGUGAGUGAAAAGUCCGUCAGGAAGAGGAAGAGAGUGGCCACCAGCUCCAGUUCUCAGUCAAGCUUCCGCAGCGACGACGGGAGGACCACGAGGACCACGAGGACCACGAGGACGAGGGCGAAGGAACCGCCACGAGCGGAGGUGCCACGGCGGAAGGUCACCAAGGGCCCUCCAGUGCGAAGGACCAGUGCUAAGGCAAAGCCAGACAGCAGCUGUGAGACCUUUCAAACUGUGCAGCCCGCCUGCUCCGGAUGCGACUGUCCUGCCCCGAUGAAUGUCCCUGAUGGAGAUUGGUAUUGUGACCUUUGUACCGAGCAGCAACUCCGGCGCUCGCGCUUCCCCUUGCGCCCCGGAGACCGCUGCUGGGCGCCCCGCUGGCGGCGCGACGCGCUAGGCCGGCUGCGGGCCAUCAGGUGGCCUGCGGUGCUGCAGCGAAUCGACAUCGGACAGAUGAAGGCCAAUGCUGCAGAUUGCCAUCUACUCUUCUUGGGUGACGACCAGGAAGAAAUCUGGUGUGCAUCCACCACCGUGCUCCAGUGGCAUGAGCACCACGGCCAUGCUUCAAAUCCUGCCCUUGCAACAGCAGUGCGCCAGGCGAAGGAGCUGGAGAACCUCAGGACACCAGAUCGCAAGCAGGAGAAGAUCCCCUCUGCGAGGACGAGGACUCCGAAGACACCGAUCCAGACGCCUCCCAAGAUGCGGUUGUCGACCGCGGAGAUGGAUGUGGAUGUCGACAAGGAAGUGGCUGUGAUCAAGGCCUUGCUCGAAGAAGCCACAACCCGUCAGAUGCGCCUGGAGAAGCUGACCACAUCCGUGAAAGCUCCAAGGGGUAAGGCCACACCAAGCAAGGCCUCAACCAGCGGCCACAACAGGGGUCGUCGCUGAGGAUGGAGGGCUCAAGGAGCUGAGAGUCAUUGCUCCUCCACUGUAUUUGGUCAUUGCUCCUCCACUGAUUUGGAUGAGGCUGGAGAAUAUGG